AUGGCAGAUUCCAUCGUAAGUAAGCUGGACCUCGAAAAGACGUCUGCGCCGAUGAUCUUGAUCAUUGGGCAGACCGGCGCUGGAAAGAGCCACUUCUGCAACAAGGUAUUAGGCGACGACUUUGAGGAAGUUCGAGAAUCGGCACAUCUUUCGUCCUGUACAUCGAAGCCGGAACUGGUCUCUGCUAAAGUCGACGGCAACGAAUACCUUCUCGUCGACACACCAGGCUUCAACGAUACAUGGAAAGACUUGCGCCGUUCAGAUGCAAAGAUUCUGGGAGAGAUCGCUCAAACUUUGACUCUCCAGAGCCAACUUGGUGUUCACCUUCGUGGAAUCCUGUAUCUGUACGAUAUCAUGGCAAAGCGAAUGACAGGCGAGACGUUGCGCCAAUUCGAACUCAUUAAACGCAUUUGCGGAGAGCAAAACUAUGGCAAUGUGCUCUUGGUGACGACACACUGGCCGGAGCGUAUCGAAGACCAGAAGAAGCAGCACUGCGCCGUGCGAGAAGGCGACCUUCGAAGAGACUUUUGGAAGGAAAUGAUCGCAGGUGGAUCUGUUAUGUGUCGCUUCGAUGACCAGCACAAGACUGCCAAAGCAAUAAUCAGAAGACUUGCAAGCAAGCCGAACAUUACUCUUGAACUUCAGCAAGAAAUGGCAAAGAACAAGAGCUUGAAGGGCACUUCGGCCUUCUCAUUCAUUGUAAAAGCUCGGCAAGAGGACGAAGAGAAGGCGAAGGCAGCGAAAGCCCAGAAUCGGCCGUCUCUGGACGACGAUGCCACGCUCUGCAACGUGAACCUGGACAGCAUCGACAUCCGCAAGGAUGAUGAACGCAGACUCAACGAUGACAUUGUCCAGCGAGUCCAGGCUGCCAUCGAAGAGCAGAAUGAAGAGGCUAGAAAACGGGAGAAGAAAGCUUCCGUAAAGGACAUCUUCCGUUGGAUUAUCGGACUCUCAUCACUUGCAAUGGGCGUUGCACAAGUCGCUCUCCAGUGCUGA